AUGUCCGCGGACCUCCUGGAAGCUUUCGGUGGCAACGGCUUCGAACCUCAAGGGCAACCUCGACAACCUACCCAAUUGAAUGAUAAACCACUACAGCAGAACCCAGGACAGCACGGCACGGGAUUAAUUUACCAACGGACAUUUGACUCCGAGGCUCAACCUCCAAAGCCCCAAAAUGAAUCACUAUGGACAGCGAGGGAAGGUGGAAAUGAUGUGUUGUUUGAUGCAACCGAUGAGGAGAGCGGGGGACAAGCAGAUGACGACUUCGGCGAUUUCGAGGACGUGGAACAGCUGUCUGCACAGACUCGAGCUCACGCUUUGGCCGUAGCUACAGAGAAGAAGCCUCCGCAUGCGUUGAAGGAGGCCCAAUCAGAGGCUCCCCUUGUUGACCUGCUGAGCCUCGACGAUGUCCCGGGACAUAUCUCUUCAACUCCGAUUUCUUCAUCGGGACCAGCGCCCCUGAAUGAGUCGUUCGCCUCAGAACAACUUCCAGCUACGUCACAGCCUAUUUCGCGUCCUCCCCUUCCAAACGAAGAUGAUGGCUGGGGUGACUUCGAAGCUCCGGGCGAUGCUCAACGUGAGAUUUCAUCGUCUAGAGGUACACAGUCUGGCAAAAACGUGUACUCGACAGGCGCAUUCGCGGAAGCCCAACCACAAGCACCACCCUCUGAUUUCCAACCGGAUGACGACUGGGAUGCUUUUGAGGACGGCCAAACAGAACCUGCCCGGCCAGUGGGUACGUCGCAUCCACAUCUGGACACGAACCCGGCUCAUACCACUUCUCGGAUAACUACGGACCAGUCACUCCCAACAGACGAUGAUGAGUGGGACGCCUUUGAAGACGGCAAACCCAUCCCCGAAUCUGUGACCGCCACCACCACAGCAGAACCUCCCUCGAAACCCUCCCCACACCCCUCCUCUACCUCUAAUCCCACCACCUCGGCGACCCCCCCUUCAGCCACACGCCCAACCAACAUUCCCCCACCCUCCACCCUGCUCUCCCUCCUCCCCACAGUAAUCUCCACCCUAAGCUCCACAACCCCACCACCCACCGCCCCCCAGAUCCAGCACCUCUACCACACGACAGCCCGCAUCGCCGCCGCCCGCUCCCUGCGCUGGCGCCGCGACACCCUCCUCUCGCAAUCCACGCGCAUCUCCGCCGCCGGUGCCGCCGGCAAAUCCGGCAUGAAGCUGUCGUCGCUCAACAAGGGCGAAGCGGCGCGCGAGGAGCGCGAGGCCGCCGAGGCGCUCGCGGCCUGGAAUGGUGGGGUUCCCAAAUGGCACGGCGUGCUGAGGGAGGGGGGUGUCAAGGUUGAGUCCAAGGGCAAGGGGCUGCGCUUGCGGCUACCGUUGGGGGUGCGCGGGUUGAGCGCGCGUGAGGGCGGCAUGGAGGCCGCGUACGUAUGUCCGGUGUGUGGGAUGAAGAGGUCGGAACGCGUCGUGGGCGUGGAUGAGGGCGAGGAGGAUGUGUUUGGCGAGUUUUGGGUGGAAGGCUGGGGCCAUCGGGCGUGCGCUGAGGUGUGGUAUGCUUGGAAGGGCUUACUGGGCCAGCGCUGA